CUUCUAGAACUGCGAGUCUUCUUUGAGCUAUUACCCUCAAUUCCUUCCAAAGGUCCCAAUGAUGUUCGUCCACAUUGCUGUUCGAACGGGGCAAUCAACACCACCUACGGCAAGCGAUCGUCAGUGUGCCCAGCAGUUCUGAUGACACGUACACCUGGACACUACUCUCAAACGUGGAUCAUGAGGGCAUGUUGAAAUAAUAUGAGAGAAGAGGCUGUACUGAUCUACAACCUUCUCCAGCGAACACAUGCAUUGCGACAACUCCCUAGUCGAUAGGAGAAUAUACAAAGUUGUCGGAAAAUCAUAGUAACCUCCGUCUUCCACGAUUACGCGCUAGCGUAGGAGAGACUUCUCGCAUUGCUGGCUCAUUGAGCAUGUCUAAUUGGUCCGCGGCAGUAUCGGUGCCUGCGGAAACAGUUCACGGUAGCUACUCUACCCUCGGCGCAAAUGUGAUGAACUUGGUGUACACGUCUCAGCUCAUUUUCUGGAGUUUCAUCCUGACUCAAACCACGGUAGGGUACAUUGGCCAGGAAUCACUAUAUGGAUAACUGAGCAUAAAGAGUAAUACUUGGUGAACGUCUGGU